AUCUGCAUCACACACACACACACACACACACACACCGUUAACACCUCGUUCCGAUGGAAAGGAUUCUUCGUAUCGUUUAGAAGCAGAGGAAACAAAAAGUGAAGGAUUUGAUCGUGUCGCUCUUCUCUGCUCUGGAUCAUCUUCAGCAGGCUGCGAUAUUCACUGACCGGGUUGUUGGUUCAUCGCAUGAGAGCAGGGACGUCUGAGGAGAAGAGAACAUGUUCAACAACAGAGAUCGCUGGAGGGUCUACAAGACGGUGAGCCUCAUGUUUUUCCUGGCUGCAGUGGCGCUGACUGUUGUCCAGAGGGGGAGCAUCAACAUGGGGACUCCCUUCGAACUCCAGAGGCAGGCUCGCAUGGAUACCUCUGAGGGAGCGGAGCCUGAUGCCGCACUGGGGAUGAAAAUCUUCUGGAAAGUUGGUAAACGCCAGCCAAAGCGCAAAGCCCAUGCCACCACACGGGAUUCCACAAUCACUGAAACCUGGGAUAUAACCAGCUCCAACUGUAGCGCCAACCUCAACCUCUCCAGCCAGGACUGGUUCAGGAGCCUGGAGGGAAAUUUCAAGCAGUUCAUGCUUUAUCGACACUGCCGUUACUUCCCCAUGCUCCUUAACCACCCAGAGGGGUGUAGAGGGGACAUUUACUUGCUCAUGGUAAUUAAAUCAGUGGCCACCCAGCAUGACCGCAGGGAGGUCAUCCGAAAAACCUGGGGCAAAGGGCAGGUGGUGGAUGGCAAGAGGAUAAAGACCCUCUUCCUUCUUGGUAAAACCUCCAAUGAGGCUGAGAGGGCGAACCAUCAGAAGCUUGUGGAGUAUGAGAACCACAUCUAUGGAGAUAUCCUCCAGUGGGAUUUCUUGGAUAGCUUCUUCAACCUCACACUGAAAGAGACUCACUUCCUCAAGUGGUUCCACACUUACUGUCCCAGCGUGCGCUACGUCUUUAAAGGGGAUGACGAUGUGUUUGUCAGCGUGGAGAACAUCAUCGAGUACCUGGAAAGCAUUAGCAAUGAUAAGGACCUGUUUGUGGGGGAUGUGAUUUUCAAGGCUAAGCCCAUACGUAAAAAAGAAAACAAGUACUACAUACCCCAGGCUCUGUAUAAUAAGACACUAUACCCUCCAUAUGCAGGUGGAGGAGGUUUUCUGAUGGAUGGGACCCUGGCGAGGAAGCUUUACUCGGUUGCGGACACCCUGGAGCUCUACCCCAUUGACGAUGUCUUUUUGGGCAUGUGUCUGGAGUUACUCCGGGUCACUCCCAUAAAACACGAUGCCUUUAAGACGUUCGGCUUGGUGAAAAAUAAGAACAGUAAAAUGAACCGAGAACCCUGUUUCUUUAAGAGCAUGAUUGUGGUGCACAAACUGCUCCCAUCAGACCUCAUGCACAUGUGGAAUCUGGUGAACAGUGACCUGGUCUGCUCACAGAAAGUGAAGAUCCUAUAGCUGAACGAGAACACCAGGUGAGACAGCCUGGGUGGAUACAAAAGGGAAGUACAAUGCGGUGCUUGAGGUAUACUUCCCAGUAAACUCUCCUUUGUGUGGAGAGGGACCACUACAAUAUUUGAUUUUCCUGAUUCUGUGCAGCAAUGUUAUUUUUGGAUGAUCUCCAUUAAAAGUCAAGUAAAUUAUAGAUUUUUUUUUUUAAAGACUGACUUAGAAUUGUGUAUUUAUAUUGGCAUUUUGAAGAACUAUCACUGUCCGAAUGGAGAUUCAGACAAUUCUCCCUACCUCUGUGAUUUGGGUCCAAAAUCUCGUAAUUUCAUCAUUGGUGACCUUUUGUACUGACAUAAACCAUCAUAGCAUUAUUUGCAAAUACAUUACACGUUGUUAACUUUUCAUAUCACAGAGGUCCUUGCACUCAUUUGUUUGGUAUGUGACUUGUCUUGAUCCAGACUACUACUACUCCUAAAGGCUUCUACUGGAGACCUUUGAAUAAAAUGUGUAAACUUGUUACAUGUAUGCUGUCUGUGCAUUUGAAUGUGCUGAUAUACUUGACAUGGACUUGGUAGGGGUUUUGCAAUGACACUGUGAACUAAAACUAUUGCUGGUACGAGCAUAUGACAUGUUAAUUUAAUCGCCCCCCGCCAGUAAAAAGGGGGCACACGUGGAGGUUUCUCAUGUUUAAUUUAAAAGCAUAUUAAUUGUUGUGGGUGUAGUGGGGGAUGAUUGUGUCCGGGUGAUGUAAAUAUGUGUAAAAGAAAAAAUCUAA